AUGGCCGAUGCUUUAAGCUAUAUCCAUAAAAAACAUGUCAUUCACCGAGAUAUUAAACCAGAGAAUUUGUUGUUGGGAGUGGGCGACAUACUUAAAAUUGCGGAUUUUGGAUGGUCGGUACAUGCUCCAACUCAUAAACGUAAAACAUUUUGUGGCACCUUGGAUUACAUUCCGCCGGAAAUGGUACACGAUGAAGAACAUGAUGAAAAGAUUGAUCUGUGGUCCCUCGGCGUCUUAUGUUUUGAACUUAUGACGGGAACAGCUCCAUUUGUAACAGAAGGUGAAAACAUAGAAACUUAUAAAAAAAUAGCUACUGUUGAUUUCACCUUUCCUGAUUAUUUAUCGUUCGAGGCAAAGGAUUUAAUUAAAUCGCGUGAUCCUAAGAAGCGCCUACCUCUUAAAGAUGUCAUGAAUCAUCCGUGGAUAGUUAAGAAUAGGAAGGUUUCUAUUCCUCAUUAA